AUGGAAAUUCCUGUCGUUGCCAUAGCACCGGGAACCGAUAUUGGGGGGGGGGGGGCAAAGGAAAACGGAAAAAAAUGCAACUUCUGUAUUUCAGAUUUCAGGUACUCAGACUCCACCUUUACCUUCACCUACAUCGGAGGCUCCAAAAGUGUGUCCUAUUCAGUACAUGUCUCUGAGGAUUAUCCAGAUAACACAUAUGUGUCCAGUUCAGACAACGAUGAAGAUGUGUUAGUUACCACAGAGCCAAUCCCAAUAAUUUUCCAGAGAAUUGCAACAGAAUUAAAGAAAACCAGUGAUGUCAAUUGCUGCUUAUCUAUAAAAUCAAAAUUACAGAGGGAGAAUGGAGAGGAGUCAAGACACAAUAGUACAGUUGAAGAAGAUUCUGAAGGAGAUAAUGACUCUGAAGAGUUCUAUUAUGGUGGACAGGUUAGCUAUGACGGAGAGCUUCACAAGCAUCCACAACUGGAAGCUGAUUUGACAGCCGUGAGAGAGAUCUAUGGAUCUAGUGCAGUAUCUCUCAGGGAAUAUGGAGCCAUUGAUGAUGUAGAUAUUGAUCUGCAUAUUGAUGUUAGCUUUCUUGAUGAAGAGAUUGCUGUGGCUUGGGAUGUAAUUCGCACAGAGCCUAUAAUAGUGCGAUUGCACUGUUCACUUACACAGUACUUAAAUGGUCCAGUACCCACUGUGGAUGUAUUUCAGAUCUCUACUAAGGAAAGAUUUGGGUUGGGACAUCAACUGAAAAAGAUCAUGCAAACAUUUGUUACACAACAGUGGAAAAAUAGUAAAGAAAAAUCAAAUUGUACGCACAACAAGAAAUUGUCGGAGAAAAAAGUGAAAUCCCCUCUGCACAUCUUUUCUACCUUGCGCAGGUCGCCAAGUUAUCCUCCACCUGGCUGUGGUAAAAACAAAUCAAAACUGAAAUCAGAACAAGAUGGCAUCUCCAAAACUCACAAGCUGCUGAGAAGGACUUGUUCUAGUACAGUUAAGGCUGACGAUGUUUGCACCACAAAAUCUCACAGAACAUUUGGCCGCUCGCUGUCUAGUGAUCCUAGGGCUGAGCAGACAAUGGCUAUUAAAUCGCACAAACUGUUGAACCGCUCCUGCUCUACAGCUGUCAAACAAGAAGAGUGCAUCACUCUAAAGCCCCAUAAACUACUAAGUAGAUCAUGUUCUGGGGAUCCUCGAUGUGAGCACAACAGCACCUUGAAGCCCCACAAACUUUUAAGCAGGUCUUAUUCCAGUAAUCUUAGAAUGGAAGAAUUGGAUGGACUGAAGAAUCAUAAGUUACUCAGCAAGUCUUACUCCAGUGCCCCAAAGUCAUCCAAAACGGAGCUUUUCAAGGAACCGACCAUUGCAGAGGGCAGGCGGCUCUCUCUUACCUCAGGGCUUAUUGGUAUCUUAACACCAUCGUCAUCAUCACCUUUGCAAGCUGCUCCAAAUUAUGGUGCAAAAUGCAUUCCAGUACGAGACCAUGGCUUUCUUGUGCAGACUAUUGAAUUUGCUGAGCAGCGGAUACCCGUAUUGAACGAAUACUGUGUAGUUUGUGAUGAACCACAUGUGUUUCAGAAUGGCCCCAUGCUGAGGCCCACUGUGUGUGAACGGGAACUCUGUGUAUUUGCUUUUCAAACUCUAGGAGUGAUGAAUGAAGCUGCAGAUGAAAUUGCAACUGGGGCUCAGGUGGUAGAUUUAUUAGUAUCCAUGUGUCGAUCUGCAUUAGAAUCGCCUAGGAAAGUUGUCAUUUUUGAGCCAUAUCCUUCUGUAGUUGAUCCUAAUGAUCCUCAGAUGCUGGCCUUUAAUCCAAGGAAGAAGAAUUAUGACCGAGUCAUGAAAGCACUGGAUAGUAUUACUUCUAUUAGAGAAAUGACGCAGGCACCUUACUUGGAAAUAAAGAAGCAGAUGGAUAAACAGGACCCACUUGCUCAUCCUCUUCUGCAGUGGGUUAUUUCUAGUAAUAGGUCACAUAUUGUGAAACUUCCUGUGAACAGGCAACUGAAAUUUAUGCACACUCCCCAUCAGUUCCUCCUUCUCAGUAGUCCACCAGCCAAAGAAUCCAAUUUCAGAGCUGCUAAAAAUCUGUAUGGAAGUACUUUUGCAUUUCAUGGUUCACACAUUGAAAAUUGGCACUCCAUCCUGAGGAAUGGCUUAGUUGUUGCUUCCAAUACAAGACUGCAGCUCCAUGGUGCAAUGUUUGGAAUCGGGAUCUACCUUAGUCCAUUGUCAAGCAUAUCAUUUGGUUACUCAGGGAUGAACAAGAAGCAGCAGAAAGUGUCAGCUAAGGAUGAACCUGCUUCAAGCAGUAAAGGCAGUAAUGCAUCACAGUCACAGAAGAAAGGACAGCAAUCUCAAUUUUUGCAAAGCCGUAACUUAAAAUGCAUAGCCUUAUGUGAAGUGAUAACCUCACCUGAUCUGCACAAACAUGGGGAGAUAUGGGUAGUUCCCAAUACUGAUCAUGUGUGUACAAGGUUUUUCUUUGUUUAUGAAGAUGGUCAAGUGGGUGAUACAAGUAUAAAUACGCAAGAGCCAAGCAUUCAUAAAGAGAUCCUUCGAGUCAUUGGUAAUCAAACUGCGACUGGUUAAAAGGAUCACUUUUAUUUAAUUGAUGUGAUUUGGAAGCCUUCCUCAGUCUCAAAGCUGGAUUUUGAACUGAAGAAGAAGACAUGAAAACUAAUUUAUUAUUCAUAUUCUAAACAAAUUAACCCUUUGAAUACUUACUGUUUUCUUACUUAGUAUUUCUUAUCUCAUUGAAAUACCUAAAAUGGUACAAGUUAGCAACUGUAGGGGUGCAAAGUCUAUUAAUAUACUACAACUAAUAGCAAUUAAACAGACAUUUGGGUUGCUCACAAUAAACAGAAUUUAAAAAGGA